UUGUUAGCCUUAAUUUAAUCAAGUAAUCAUUAAGUUUUGGAAAAUAAUAAAAAAAAAAGCUUAAGUGCUCACCCCUUAUUACCGUAUCCUUGAUUAUUUAUCCUACAUGUUUGAAGUCAUGAGGCUAAGUGAAAGCAACAAUGGAAAGGGGAGAAAAUGGUAAGCGGAGCAAGUCAGCGUCUGAUCGAAACCAUCGUCUCAUAUAACUAUUGAAUAAAACAGAGACUUAUCUUCUCAUAGAGAUGUGAUUUUCCUUUGUUGAAUGAUGGUGUUCUAGGACGGCCAAAAAAGAGUAAUGGUUCUCUAGACUUUAUACAAGUUCAUUAUAAAAUCAUUGAAAUGCUUCUCUAGACUUUAUACAAGUUCAUUAUAACAUCAUUGAAUGCUUUUGUUUUGGGAUUUCUUAUGUUAACAGUCUUUUAUGGAGAGGAUGAUAUAAUUCUUUCCGGAAAUUUUUAAUGCCUGCAUUUCAUUAUACUUUUAAAAAUAUCUCCAGUUAUAUGCUUCCUAUACUAACAAGCUCCUCUUUGAUCACCCGCUUAGAGAAGAAUGAUGAGAAGAAAUUUACAAAUCUUGCCAAGAGAAUAGAUGGAUUCUUGCAAAAGCUGAUUGAUGAGCAUCGGAUCAAGGAAGGAAACACCAUGAUAGAUCAUCUCCUUUCAUUACAAAAAUUAGAGCCCGAUUACUAUACGGAUCAAAUCAUAAAAGGGCUUGCUUUGGUUCUUAUAUUUGCAGGAACUGAUACAUCUGCGAUUACAUUAGAUUGGGCAAUGUCUAAUUUACUAAAUCAUCCUGAUGUACUAAAGAAGGUUAGAGAUGAGAUAGACGCUCAAGUUGGCGAUCAAAGGUUGAUGGAUGAAACGGAUGUUCCGAGUCUCCAUUACCUUCAAAAUAUUAUAUUGGAGACACUUAGAUUGUAUCCACCAACCCCUCUUCUUGUUCCACAUUUCUCCUCCUCGGAUUGUACUGUAGGUGGGUAUGAUGUGCCACGCGACACAAUAGUCUUGGUCAAUGCUUAUGCUAUACAUAGGGACCUGAAAUUAUGGGACGACCCAACAAGUUUCAGACCGGAGAGAUUUGACGAGGAAGAAAAGGAGAGCCACAGGCUGCUGCCAUUCCGGUUAGCCUUUAAGUUCUUGUUCCUGUCCGGAAAACGCCGCAAGAACCUUCCUCCUAGCCCACCUUCUCUUCCCAUAAUCGGCCAUCUGCAUCUCUUAAAACAUCCCACCCACCGUGCACUUCGCGACCUGUCUAACAAGUAUGGUCCAAUUAUCUCCCUCCAGAUGAGAUCUUACUUUGCUGUUAUUGUCUCCUCAGCAUCACUAGCUGGAGAAUGUUUCACAAAAAAUGACGUUAUUUUGGCGAAUCGUCCGAAGUCACUCAAUGGAAAGCAUUUAAACUACGAUCACACGACCGUAGCGACGGCAUCAUACGGCGACCACUGGCGCAACCUCCGUCGUAUCACUUCAAUUGAAAUCUUCUCCUCCAGCCGCCUCAACAAGUUCCUCGGGAUACGAAUGGACGAAGUCAGGCAGUUAUUGUUGAAACUAUCUCGCAAUUCACGUCAAGACUUCGCGAGAGUGGAGCUGAAACAAAUCAUCGUUGACUUGACAUUUAAUAAUGUCGUGAGAAUGGUGAUGGGAAAGCGAUAUUAUGGUGAGAACGUGACUGAUUAUGAAGAGGCAAAGCGGUUCAAGGACUUGAUAGCAGAGGCAACACAAAUUGCUGGAGUAGGGAAUGCUGCAAAAGCUUUCCCAAUAUUGAGUUGGAUCACGAAUCACGAGAAAAAAGUUAUGAGUAUUGGUAAGAGAACCGAUCGUUUCUUACAGGGGUUGGUUGAUGAGUACCGUAGCAAGAAAGGGGGAGACUCAAUGAUUGAUCAUCUUCUUUCUUUGCAAGAAUCAGAGCCUGAGUACUACAGUGAUCAAAUCAUAAAAGGACUUGUUCACACUAUGAUUUCUGCAGGAACAGAAACAUCUGCUGUGACAUUAGAAUGGGCAAUGUCUAAUUUACUAAACCAUCCAGAAGUAAUGAAUAAGGCUAGAGAAGAGAUAGACGCUCAAGUGGGUAAAGAAACGCUGAUGGAAGAAUCGGAUGUUGCAAAGCUUCAUUACCUUCAAAGUAUCAUGUGGGAGACGCUUCGACUUCACCCAGCAGCACCACUACUCGUCCCACAUAUGGCGUCUGCUGACUGCACAAUAGGUGGGUAUGAUGUACCACAAGGCACAAUGGUGUUGGUCAAUGCAUUUGCCAUACACCGGGAUCCAAAGUCAUGGGAUGAACCGGAAAGUUUUAAACCAGAGAGGUUUGAGAAGGAAGAGAAGGAGAGCCAUAAGCUCCUACCAUUCGGAUUGGGAAGGAGAGCUUGUCCUGGGGCAGGGUUGGCCCAACGAGUGGUGAGCUUGACUUUGGGGUCCAUGAUUCAGUGCUUUGAAUGGAAUAGGGGCAUAGUCAUUCCCUUUCACAAACCCCUUCCCAGUGAUUUCAUUACUCAAAUUUAAGAUUUCAAAAUUGAAAUUUUAAGUUUUUAUCAAUUUUUAAUUACUUGCAAGUUGUACGAUACAGUUUUUAAUCUUUGCAAGUAUGUACGGCUUGCAACAAGGUAAGGUAUUUAACGAAUUUGGGAAGUGGAAUUGUGUUUUAGGAAAGGGAGAGGGUGAGUCUGAAGCAGAGGAAAACAAGUUGUAAUCUAAGCUUGAAUAAAUUGAAAAGUUGUUUGAUUAAGGUAUUUUAACUUCGGUAUGACACCAGAAAUUGCAAAACCGCCAAAACAGGUUUGGGUUUUGUUUAUGGCCCACUCUGGGUUGGGUUGUGUUUUGUAUCAUGGGCUUGUUUUAGUAUAGAGGCUUUGAUCUCUGUGGGCCAAUUUUGUAUGAAGAUAGUUAGGCCUAACCUAUAACAUGCAUGGAUUUCCGUAUUAGAUUUUGGCACCAUUGAUGCGGGAACUAAAUUUUGCUGGCAGUA